AUGGUUACGCCGCCUGCCAAUGGGAUCCAGAAGAUGACCUUUGACAACGAGGCCGAGCUUGUUAAGAUCGCCCAAUGCUGUGAAAAUUCCAGAUUGCUGGUCUUCCGCAUUGCCGUGGAUGACUCGGGUUCCAUUUUCUCAAUGAGCAAAAAGUUUGAGGCGAAGCUGGAGAGAUGCCCGGCGCUCCUGAAGCAAGCAAAGAAGCUGGGGCUGGAUGUCAUCGGGGUCAGCUUCCACGUGGGCAGCUACUGCAUGACCCCAGUGGCCUACACGAAGGCCAUCACAAAUGCCCGUAACGUCUUUGACCUGGCGAUGGCGGUUGACAUAAACAAAGCACUGGACAAGUACUUCCCCAUCAGCACCGGAGUCCAAAUAAUCAGCGAGCCAGGUCGCUUCUUCCCAUUGUCAGCCUACAUGCUGGCUGUGAAUGUCAUCGGUAAGAGGGUGGACAUGGAGAAGUCAGCUGAUGAUGGUGAGUUUGCUCUGUAA